GCCGCACUGCUUCUUGACACAAUGCCAGGUUAACCCGGGAGCCAGCCGCACCAAUGUGUUGGAGGAAACACCGCACACCUGGCAACUGGGUCAGCGUGCAUGCAGUCAGUUGCUAGAGAACGAUUGGCUGGCCGGCCCAACGCCCCCCUAACGACACUGGGCCAAAUGUGCGCCGCCUAAUGGGUCUCCCGGUCACGGCCAGGUGUGACACAGCCUGGAAUUGAACCAGGAUCUGUAGUGACACAGCCAGCACUGUGAUAAAGUGCCUUAGACUGCUGCGCCACUCUGGACGCCCUUAUAGGCUACAUUUCUGUUGAAUUUGUGACACUUGAGCGUAACCAAGCCAUCACUUCUCCAGGGGCGCAAUAUUUUAUGUGUGGGAGCGUUUCAGGAAAGACAACUCAAUCAAGCUAAGUGCAUAUUCUAUAGUCAUAGCUGAUGUAAAAUGUCCUACAUGGCAGUAGCUAAUUUUAAUCUGCCGGGAAUAAGACUAAAUGCCCAUUCUGAGAGCAACACACACACACACACGGCAUAGCAAGAGAGCAGGGAGGGUGCCGAGAAAGUAAGCCGUUUUCAUAGUAUCGGGCUACAUUUACAGUAGCCCAUCACACAAUGACUUUGUAAUGCAGAACAGAGUCAAAGUUUGCCUACUUGUUUCAGUAGGCUACACACUGUAUGGGUCCUACAUAUAAGACGUACCAAAAAUGUAGGCCUAUCUGAAAUGCAGCCAUAUACACAACUGACUGUCGUGUCGCACACAAGAAAGCACCAGGCGUUGAAGAAAACACCAUUUAUUCAGGACCAUGGACAGAAGGCUACCUCCAGUCAGCGCAAUGAAAGGAGGACUUUUAAAAAAAAAAGCACUUCCAAUUUCAGCAUCACCUCAGAGCGCAACAAAUAGGCUACAUUGGUCAUUGUCACCAUGCCUGUGGAAUAAUGUAAAACUGUAUAUCGAUCAAUAGCAAUUAGACCCGCAAAAGCAAGCAAUGACAUUAAGAAUCACAGAUGCAUCUAAAGUAUGCAUUGAAGUAAAAAGCAAAGGUUUAAACUAUACGUUACAUCUGCCAAACAACCAGUAGGCUUACAUGAGGGAAAACCAAUGAAAUAACCCUUCUGGCACAGCAGAUAGGGCCAUAAAGGUUGUAGCUUACCAUUUAGACAAGUUUUUUUGCCUCCUCCAUGCUGUGUUGAACCUCUUGAGAAAUCUCUGAUUCCAUUCUCCUUCCUGACGAAAUAUACUUGCCAGGUCUAGUUCAAAUGCCAGCUGGACCAGCUGGGCUUUCCGUUGAUGUAACAUCACUCAGUAAGCUCUUUAGAGUGGAGAAGGAAUUUUCACACACUGCUGUCGAUGUCCCAAAUGUUAAUCCAAACCCAUAUUUCAGUGCCAACAGCACAGUCGGCAUUGAUGACAAAGGCCUGCCGACUCUUUUAAAGACCACUGAGUGGGAUCCAUUUGUUGUUGCUGGCUGUGGUUGCGAUUUCACUUUGCAAGAGUCCAAACAAUCUGUUUCCACUGGUUCAGUUUUGGUUUGAUCAAACAGGUCCGUCAGGUGCAAGUUACUAGUGGCUGGGGAAACGGCGGUGUAGGUGCUUGUCGUGAUGUUACCCUUGUGCAGCUGGUGCUUGGCCCUGGCUCUCCUCCAUGUUGUUGGUCAGCAGGCAGUAUGCGCGAUGGACGGGUAUUACAUUUGCUGCAAGGUUCCUCAACCUCGGCCCAGCGGGUAGGCCCAGUGGGUAGGCCCAGUGGGCUGCUUGGUAAGCUUGGCAUCGACAUGGUGGUCCUCCGUUUUUAUGCUCUUGGCAGUGCCUAGCCAUUUUCAAAAAUCCACGCUGAUUAGCCAACUAUAAAUAUUCAGCUCACUGCUACCAAAACUUAAUGAAGCUAGUAGCUACUAGCUAGCCUAUUAAAACGGUCAAUUUGACUCUGCCCUGGGUGGAAUCCAAUGAGUUUCCUAAAUGAAGGUAAUGAAGAUGGUACCUUAUGACAAUGAAUGGCUAGGUGCAUUUUGGGAUUUUAACUACUAAACAUUACAUUAUUACAUCCCCCUCAGAUCAUGAGCCCGUACCCAGCAUAGCCUCUAUCCCGGGUCUGUGCUAUUGGCAGGCCCGACAACCCUGCAUUGGCAAAAUUCAUAAACCAUUUGUUAUGUUUAUGGGGAAACAAAACUGGGGGGUAUGUCUGGGGGUCCAUGCCAUGUCCGGCUUUGCCACCCCCCGUACUUUGCCAACCCAUAGAGGCGGCUCUGUCUCUCGUUUCGUCUCUCCAUCUCCCUGUUGAGCACAACACAUCCUCACUUCCGACUUCUAAUUUCUGACCGCAUCUCUGAAACUUAUCACCACUGACAAUUGUAGACUAUCUGCUCAUUUACCCACAUACCUUCAUGUCUUCCUGUACAUUUCCCUGCGGCAACGUUCAUUCAACCUCAAGUGCAUAUUGAGAGAGUUAUUACAAGACAAAAUGCAAAGAUGGGAUGAUAAAUAUUAACACGGAGUGUAGGGCAGGUCAGUUUAUAAAGGAUAUUCGCUUCCCAUUCCCAGUUGAAUUGUGACUGUGAUACACAUAUUUCCCUCCUCUAUUAAUUAAUAGGCAGAUGCCGUCCAAGUCAUGUAAUCUCCGGAUGUGAUUUACUUCUGGUACGGAGAUGACGUUAGAGACGACCUGACCCGUGAUGAAUCAUUUUAGAGUUUUCACUGAUGGUUUCAGUCCAGUUUGACAUGUGUAUCACAUUUCUACGCCAACAGGAAUAGCCCAUUAGUCACAUCUAAAGAUAAUUUUGCUCUAUUGUGUUAUUGACUCACAUUGCCUGUGUGUCUCUUUGUGGUCUCUUGUGGAGGAAACGACCAUUGUGAUCAGCCUGACUGCCUGUCAAGUUGUAAGUUUCAGUCUGAACGAUCCAUCUAGUGGUUGCUGGGGAGUUGGUGUGUUUGAGAAGUGUCUACCCCCCCUGAAGUAAUUACUUCUCUAAUGCACGUGUAUGCUGAAGGAAACUCCCUCCUCCCCUAAACAUCACUCUUCUCUUCCCCUCUCGUGUCUGACUUGUUCUCUCUCCGUGUCUCUCGUGCAUUGGCUGUCUGUCUGACAUCUUGACUUCAGUGAGUGGACUGACUGCUAAUGGUUGGCAUUUCCCCAUCACAGAGGAGAGGACGUGUACUGGGUUGAAAACCAUCAGUCUGUCGGUUGUCUUCUCUCAUCAGAGUGCUUCUAACCGGAGUGGACGCAGCUCUCUUCCUGUCGUCAUGUGGGACUCUGGUCUGGCAGUAACUCAGAGGUCCUGAAGCCUCCCCUCAGGCUGUCUGAAUGGACAUCUCCUGUGCCUGAGGGUUACUGAAGGAGACAGAAGUUCUUGACCCACUUUGGAGAACCAUUGUCGACAACAAGCUGAGUCCCACAACUGACAGAAAUGGGCUUUUCUCCAAUUCGAGCCAAUCAACACAUUUUCAGUGCAAUAAUUCAAAAAGAAGACUUUGUAUUAGUCCAUCAGAGAGCUGAGAAGGAACUACUCCAGUUUGGACCUGAACAAAGAUAGAGAAACAGAUGGAUAAAACAAACUUCAACUUGACUUGCGUGACCAUCUCUAAUAGCCCUAUCAGUGACUUCCUGAUGGGCAUCUAUAUCCUGGCCUUUAUCCUGGGCUUGGCCUUUAACCUAUUGACCCUUGGCCCCAUCGUCCAGCAGGUCCGCAGCCAGAACACCCUGGGGAUAUUCCUGCUCAACCUGUCCCUGUCUGACCUACUCUAUAUCCUUACCAUGCCUCUCUGGAUAAACUACUACCACCGGGACCACCACUGGAGCCUGGGCAGCCUCUCCUGCAGCGUGGCCGGCUUCUUCUACUACUCCAACAUGUACCUUAGCAUCUACCUGCUGUGCUGCAUCUCUGUGGACCGCUGCCUGGCCGUCACCUACCCCCUGAGGACCAAGGCCUUCCGCAGCGCGCGCUACGCCUGGGUGCUUUGUCUGGUCAUGUGCGUGACUGUCAUGUCCGGACACGGCCUGGUGCUGUUCAAGGACAACCUGCAGGACGCCCACGACGACACGCAGGACCGCUGCUACGAGACCUACCCCAUGCCGCAGCCCGUGGCCCUGUUCAACCUGCUGCGGGUGGGCAUCGGCUUCCUGCUGCCCCUGCUGGUGCUGGGGCUCUGUUACUGGAGAAUCCUGGGCCAGGUGAAGCAGAGCGAGGGGCUGGGGGAGCAGGCUAAGAGGAAGGUACGGCUGCUCUCCUUCGGGGUGAUCGGGAUUUUCUCUGUGUGCUUCGCCCCCUACCACCUCCUCCUGCUGACCCGCUCCCUGGCCUACUACCACAUGGACGAAAAGAUGUACUGUCAGUUUGAGCAGAAAAUGCACUUCCCUUUCUCGUGCACGCUGGCCCUGUCCAGCCUGAACAGUGUGGUGGACCCAGUGCUGUAUGUGCUGGUCAGUAACGGGGUGAGGGAGGACAUGAGACUGUGCUUCUGUGGGAACAGACAGGGUCAGAGGGAGAGAGAAAGUCCCCUCUCCACUGAACCAUGGAACACACAUAUGAUCUGAUUACAUACUGUGUGUUUGUGUGGAGGGUUGGGUAGGUUACUUUCUAAAUGUAAUCCAUUACAGUUACUAGUUGCCUGUCCAAAAUUGUAAUUAGUAACGUAACUUUUGGAUUACACAAACUCACUCUUAGUUACUUUUGGAUUGCCUUCCCUUUAAGAGGCAUUAGAAGAAGACAAAAAAGGAUCCAUUCAAAGCAUUUGGUAUGUCAUCAUAGUGGUCUCUGACUCACCCAGGUGGAACAAACUGAUGCUUUUCCCAAUGCUGAAUUGAAUGUCAUUGAGAAAACAAUGUUGUCAUAAGGUGUCUGAAUUUAAAAGUAGUCUAAUCAUGUUGUCGGUAAUCUGAUUACAAUAUCUUUGCUGGUAACAUAACUGAAUACAGUUACAGUUUUAUUGUAAUCAAAUGACGUGUAACUGUGAGCGUGUGUGUUGUAUUUACGGCCUUCGUCUAUUGCAGUAAAUCCCUUCCGUGCACAUUGUAAAAAGGACGGCAUGUUUGUUCUGUGUGACUUCAAUAACAUGUUCUUUCAUAUCAACCCACUUUCAUGGACAAUCAGUCAAUCAGGUUGUCUUUUUAAAAUGUUCAAAGAAAAGCCUUUGUGAAGUUUUUCUGAACAUUCCGCUUGGUGAUGAGGAUGGGUAUUGUGUUUCUGAAUUGGAGCUUUCUAUUAAAACGCCUGUCCUCAUUGGUAAGGAAAAUCCUUUCAAAGUCUGUCUGUUCUGGCUUUAUGUUACAGGAUUGCUCCGGUUGAAGGGCCCUCGACUCUCUUCAGGGCUGCCACAGGUUUUUAUUGACAUGUGCUUGGUUUACAAAUGAACCUUAUUGUUCUAAUUUGCCUGUUUGUGGACUGACAUGAAUCAGAAGAACAUUUGUCAAUUAUAUAUAUAUACACUGUAUAUCCCAAACUAAAUCUACGUCAUAAACAAUACUGGCGUUGAAAUCAAAGAAAAUACAGUACUGGACAUUGAAGACAUGUCGUACAAAUGUUCACCCAAUAAACAUAAAAGGAAGCUA